GAGACUUUGCGUCAGUGAAACCGGCGAAAUAAGGAAAAGCGGUAUCUGCCUAUGUCGAAAGAGAAAAUGUCAGGGAUGUUUGGGUUCGAAUUCCUGGACGAUGUCCGGCGAAUGAAUAAACGACAGCUAUAUUACCAGGUGUUAAACUUUGGUAUGAUCGUGUCAUCAGCGCUGAUGAUCUGGAAAGGCCUGAUGGUUGUCACGGGAAGUGAAAGUCCUAUUGUGGUGGUGCUUAGUGGGAGUAUGGAGCCAGCAUUUCACAGAGGAGACCUGCUGUUCCUGACAAACUACCAGGAGGAGCCUAUCCGUGUCGGAGAAAUCGUUGUAUUUAAGGUUGAAGGACGAGACAUCCCUAUUGUACAUCGAGUACUGAAAGUUCAUGAAAAAGAUGACGGCCAUGUGAGAUUUCUUACCAAGGGAGAUAAUAAUUCAGUAGACGACAGAGGGCUAUACGCCCCUGGUCAACUCUGGCUGGAGAAAAAAGAUGUAGUAGGUCGUGCUCGAGGAUUUGUUCCCUAUGUGGGGAUAGUGACCAUAUUGAUGAAUGACUAUCCAAAGUUUAAGUAUGCCAUACUUGCCUGUCUAGGACUGUUUGUUCUCAUCCACCGAGAAUGAGUUCCUCAAAGGGAGACUACCUAGUGGUUACUACAGGGGAAGGAAAAUCAAUCUGCUGUUGAGUAUGUCGGGAAAUGUUGACAAGGAACAACCAGGCGGGUACGAUUAGGACCUGACACUGUCAAAACCUAGGAUGUUUUAUGUAUUGUCAGAUCUGCUACCAUUUGCACCUUCUACAAUGAUUGUUUUUGUUACCUGCAAUCAGCUAUCUAUUAUAAAUAAUGAGGGUUUUUUCGUGUGGAUGUCAAAUUAAAUUAUGAGAUAUAUAUUAUCAGUAUUAAACAAGUGCUUUUCUGUAGUCCAGAAACUUGAAUUAGAAAUUGUGUUCAUGAAUAAUUCUCAACUAGAUGAAAGCUGAAAAUAUAAAACAAAUCGUGCUAAAAUUGUGAGCAUCAGACGAAACAACAUCAUCCUCAUAUAAAGAAGACUUCAAACAAAUAUGUCAAGUUACGUUUUACCUGUAAAUGUGUGAGGACAGCAAAUUUCAAAAAGAUGUAAAAGAUUUAGUAGAGUACAUGAACAUAAUUAGGACUACAAUACUAAGCAAACAAGAUCCAGCAUCUGUAUCCAAAUCUUCCUAAUAUUCUGGUGGUCUUUCUCAAACGGCAUCGAAAUGUAAUACACAAGUCCAGCCCAAAAUGUAAUGAAAAAUGACUUUUUAAUUGACAUUUUGUUCUGAAGAUGGCAUACCUCGUGUGCUGACCCAUAUAAACUAUGAUAAAUGGUGCUGAUUACCCUUUCGUCGGAUGCUGGCCGUUUCUACCUGAAUAAUUAGGGUUUAGUUAAUAGAACUGGAGAAAUUAGCAUUAAAUUGUAUAUAUAAAAUUCCUUGUCAACAUAUCCCAAUGUAUAUCUAUCGGUGUAUUAAUGUAUACAUGUGUGGAUGUAGUGAAGGAGAGGGUUGCUAUCAUGGUUAGGGUGAAAUUGUGUAAGUAAGAGAGCGAUGUGUGAUCGGUAUGUAUGUCGUUAUGGUGAUUGGGUGUAUACAAGUGCUGGUGUAUUUGAUGCAUGUUGUCAUGGUGAUAUGGUUGUAAAGAAAUGCUGGGAUAUUGCUGAGAGACACAUUCAUUUAAAUGAUAAUACAUGUGUGUCAUGACUCAUUGGUGUUGCUAUGGUAAUUAUUGUACCUGUAUGUAGUUCUGAUUAAAAAAAACAUUUUUGCAUUUGUAUAAAAAUAUACAACUUUUAAAGACUUUUAGCUCUAUAAAGCGAUAAAUCAUGUCAAAUAUUCAUAUCAUUUUGAAAUUAGAUGUUUUCAAUGGAGAUUUUUUAGAAGGGGGAGAUCAAUUUAAUAUUUUCAUUUUUCAAAAAAAAAUCUUGCCAGCAAUAGUAAUGAUAAAGCUGAUAUUAAAUCCACAAGUAUGUGGACUGAAAAAUAUUUUUCUAUGCUAUUUUCACUUUUGUUGACAGAUUAACAAUAGAUAAGUGACAUUAUUAUCACUAUAAAUUAUUGGAAAAAAAUAGUCUAGUCAAGUGUUGCAUCUUAAAGAUUUAAAUGGUAGAAACAUUAUCAAAAAAGGAGGACUUGACAAAAACAAAAUCCUGAAGGAAAAUUAAUCCAAAUCAAUCAUGGUAAUUUUUUGGUAUAUGUAAGUGUAUUUACCGAAGUAAGUAGUGUACUGUAUACUGGGAAAUUUUCACCUAAUCAAAUAUUUGCCUUUCCCUGGUAAAAUCCAUAUUUGCGCAGUGUUAAUUUGCCCUGUACCUGUGCUACCUGUUUAUGGUAUAUAUACAGCGUGUGAAUAUUCGUUGUCAUGAUUCGUUUGCCUUCAUUACCACGGCAACGUCGGCAGUGAUGGAAGUUUCCUUUAUACAGACGUCAUGGUAUAUAUUUUUUUGAAAAAUUUCACAUGACCAGUCAGUACUGUAUAUUUGUUUAUGUUUUACCUACGAUCAUGUCAAUGAUGGUGUAUCUUAAAACCCUUUCACCACUGUAGACCACAAUGGACUCAUCCAAAUGAAUGUGUGGGAGAGUCUACUCAAGUUACCUAGGGGUGAAAGGGUUAACCAUUUCACUAAUGAAUCCCUGAAGAGAGGAAUUUUGGGGUUUGAAUUCCUAUUAUAAAUUAACCCAAGUUACAUACAUUGUCUUCACUAUACACUGAUAUAAGUUUGCAUAACUGAUGAUCUUCAUAAAAUAAUAAAAUAAAGUUAGUUAAUGACAAUUUGAUGUUUUACAUUCUAUAAAUAAGAAAAUUUUAAAUGGUGUGUCGGGCAAGUUCUAGUCUCAAUGUUGACUUUUUGAGGGAAUGGGUUGAUGAAACAGUUGUUUAAUGGUGCACAGAUCAUGACAAAACUUAAACGAUCACUGUAUUCCUAUACUUUGUGCAAUACCACGGGCUAUACCAGACCAAAAAAAUAAUCAAGUGUUCAAUUUAUGUCAAAUGUAAAUAUUUGUUUUCUUUGUAUGUGUGUCCGAGCUAUCUCCAUUGAUAAAGUUUUCAAUAGGCAACUUUUGAUAUUUUAUGAUCGUGUCUCCUUAUUUACUUUAAAUCUGUGUACUUUUCAGAAGUGUCAUCAAUUCAUUAUACCAUUUAUAAAAGAUCUACGGAGUCAGCAAAAUUGUUUUGGAUAUAUGCAUAUUUUCCGUUUAAUGAUUAUCACAAAUGAAAUAAAUUUUCUUGUACUAAA